AUGAAAGUUGAUCCUAGGAUUCGUCCUUGGACUCGCAAGGAUCGACGAGUUUACGUGUUCAAAAACGCGAAUAUCGUCAAUUCCAACGAUGGAACAGUCUCGGUCGGUACAGAUGUCAUGAUAUCAGAUGGCAAGAUUAAAGCCGUCAGUUCGACCACUAUCAAUGAACCGGAUGUCAUUGAAAUUGACGCUGAAGGGAUGUAUCUGUGUCCAGGACUCAUUGACUGUCAUGUUCACCUUUCAUUCACCCCUGGUACUUCCACGGUAACCUCUCUAUUCUCAAGCGAUGCCAGGGAAUCAUAUUUCAGACAACCCUAUGUUUGCAGCCAAAUGCUGAAGAAGGGGUUUACCAGCGUCCGGGACACCGCCGGCGCUACGUUCGCCCUUAAAGAGGCCAUUGCAGAGGGUGUCUUCCCUGGACCACGUCUGUUCAUAUCUGGGAAGGCACUAUCCCAAACUGGAGGUCACGGGGACUUCCGCGCGAGACACGAGCAUGACAAUUGCUGUGGUGGGAGAGUCUCCUCCCAGUGUCUGCAACUAUGUGAUGGUGUGCCUGAGUGUCUCAAGGCGGCACGACAAGAGUUGCGAAUUGGUGCCGAUUUCAUCAAGAUCAUGGCAGGGGGCGGUGUUGCUAGCCCCUUUGAUGCUAUACCUGAUCUCCAGUUCACGCCAGAGGAGAUCAAGGCGAUCACUACCGUGGCCGGCAAUCGCAACACAUAUGUCACAGCACAUGCCUACACGCCAACUGCUAUCAAGAUGGCCAUUGAGAAUGGAGUCACCUGUAUCGAGCAUGGAAACAACAUCGACGAGGAAACGGCCACACUGAUGGCACAGAACGAUGUAUUCCUGGUACCGACUCUAGUCACCUACUCUGAAAUGGCUGAAACUUCUUGGUCGGAUUUCCUACCUUCGGGAAUGUCCGAGAAGAAUGCCGAGGUUCUGCAAGAUGGCCUCAAAUCACUGUUGGUAGCUCACAAAGCUGGUGUGGUAAUAUGCUUCGGGACCGACCUGCUAGGUCCUCUAGUAGCAGCUCAGACGAAAGAGUUUGCCUUGAGAGCCCAAGUUCUCUCUGCUGCUGAGAUCCUUAAGAGCGCCACCGUUAGUGCGGCUAAAUUGGUUCGACAUGAGGAGUUGCUGGGUCAAAUCAAGCCGGGCUACUUCGCAGACCUACUUGUUCUGAACACGAACCCAUUGGAGGACAUUUCAGUAUUUGAUAGGCCUAUGGAGCAUCUUAUGGCAGUCAUUAAAGAUGGAAGGGUGGAGGUCAGCCAGUGGGAUCGACUUCCGACAGACGUCUAA